GACUCGCCAGUAACUCCUCCACAUCCUGCGGCCAACCAAGAGACUCGAUUGCCGGAUCAUUCGUUGCCCCAGACCGCGGCAGCAGACCUUGAUCUAAAUCCAGAACUAUACGAUGAUGACGAUGAUGGUGAUGAUAAAAUGGCUAAGGAUGAUGCUGGUGGCGGGAAUAACGACGACGAAAACUUUGAAGACUUUGAAGACGUCAAGAUAGACUUACAGUCGUAUUCUAUUCCAUUUGAUACCGCAUAUGAAAUACUCAAGCUUGAUUUCGAUAGGAAGUCUUCCAAUAAUGCCAGUGAACUGCAACAGAGCAAAUUUGUCAACUACGUUGACGGCGAAUUGUUACAGAUCCAAAGAAAAUUCAUCAAGAACAUCGCCAAUAUGGAUAACAUCGAGAUUUAUUCUAUCUUCCAGUUGGCUCAAGAUCUAAACCAGGUCAUUGAUCUUAUUUGGUACUCGAUUGAUAAAGGAUCCAAAUUAUUUGGUCAGGAUCAUUACCUUAUCAAGAUUGUCCACGACUUAGAAGACUACGUUUCUCAUUACGAUUUGCAUCAUUUGAUUGAAAUUAACUCCCCUACUCUUCUUUCAAAAGAAAAUAAUAUUAAAUUUCUUAAACUUUUCACAUUCCUACAAUCAUUGGAUGUCAGAUUAUCCUUCUUGAUCGACGGGUACACUUUAGAAGGAACUACCAAAGUUGAAAAAAUCAGCAGUACGGAAUUGGUUCGUUUGUUGUCCAUUACUUCUAGGUUAAGAAUGAUGAUCAUCUCCAAAAUCGAUCCAAUCAGACUAAAACUAAACAAAGUGGCUUCAGAAACCUCCAAUCCUUCUAGCAGACAAGCACAAGACCUCCUGAAUCUAUUUGAAGUAGAAAUAGGUAGACUUUUCGAAGGUAUCUUGGACAGAAGU